CCCAACGAACCCCCGCAGCCUCUACCUUUCCCGCCCUUAACCUCUCCCCUAAAACCCUCUUAAAACCCCCGGAUUAUCCCCGAGAUCGAGAGUGGUUUCGUGCCUCCUCGCCUCGAUCAGUCCGGCAGGCGGAGAGUGGGGUGUUCUUGGAUCUGAUUUUGCUGUGGUGGUCUCAGGUUUUGAGGCUUUUUUUGGGGGUUUGGGAUUCGGGUGCCUUUGCUUGUUUGACCCGGUUCUUGGAGAGUGAGCAGUGAGCUAGUGGUGAACUGGUGAUAGGUAGUAGCUCACUGGGAGUGCCAGAUCCGUGGCUGGCGUUUGGUCCUGGGAGGAAUCUUUGAGAUUUUCUUUGUGUUUUUGAAGUUGAUUCUGCAAGUUUUGAGGAGAAUUUCGAGAUUUUGUUUGAGUUGUUUGGUCCCAAUUUGAGCGGGUUUGUUGGGUGGGUUUCUUGGUGGUGCGCUUUCUUGGAUGAGAUUUGGGGUGUCGUCCUUGUAGCGUAUGGAUAUGCGGCCUCCGAUGGUGUCUCCGGCGGACUCCCUUGCCGCCGGCAGGAGUCGCCGCGUUGCUGCCAAGAUGCCGAUGCCCCGCCCCAAGCGCGUGCGUGUCUACUUCGUCGACGCCGACGCCACGGACACGGACUCCUCCGGGGACGAGCGCUCCCGGCGGCGCGUCCGGGAGGUCAUUGAUAUCGACGUCGGGACCGCCUCGCCGUCUCCGGCGCCGGCGCAGGCGCAGGCGCACCCGAGGCGGCUGGUUCCGUCGACGGCGCUGGCGCGGCGGCGCGCGGGGCUGGCGGUGAGCCGACGGUUCCGCGGCGUGCGGCGGCGUCCGUGGGGCAGGUUCUCGGCGGAGAUCCGCGACCCGAGCCUGCAGAAGCGCCUGUGGCUCGGCACCUUCGACACCGCCGAGGAGGCAGCCGCCGUGUACGACGACUACGCCCUCCGCAUCAAGGGCUCCCACGCCGUCACCAACUUCCCCUCCGACUCCGAUACCCCCUCCACAAAGGCCAAGCCCCGUCAGCGGCCGUCCGGCAUGAAGCUCCGCCCUCGCAGGCUACCCACCGGGGACACCACGGCCACGCGCAUCACCGCCCCCGCCUCCACCUCGGCGCCGGCGCCGCCACGGGAGCCGCAGCCCGAGGAGGACAACCGCGCCGCCGCCGACUCGUUCAACCCGUUCGCGUCGCCGACCUCCGUGCUCCGGUACGCGGCGGACGAGGUAGCCGCGCCCUCCUUCGAGCACCUCCUCGUCGAGCUGGGCGACCUCUCCGCCCCGCCGCCGUCCACCAAGGCUGCGGAGUUCGACUGGCUGCCGUGGUGGGAAGGGGAGGACUUCGUGACGGCGGGGCUAACGGCGAGCAACGCCGUCAGCGUGAAAUGAUGCCGUUGCCCCCACCCCCAUCCCCACCCGUUUCGCGCGCGCAAGGCGGGAAAAAAGUGGCGGGAGACGCAUGAAGGCGGCCACCGAGCCAGCCAACCCAGGAAUAGUAGUAUUAUAUUAAUUUUAUUAUUAUUAUUAUUUCGUGGCAGUAAAAAAAACCAGCGGAGUUUGAACUCCUAGUGAAGUGAGGCAGAGCGGAGCAGCCGCAGCAGUAAAUGGUGGUGGCGUGGGGCCCAAGGCGGGUGGGCCGGCGCGCGCUUUGUGCGUGAGCUGCCUUGAAUGGCACGGCUCCCGCGUGGAAACGGAACAGUGUAGUUGCGUGGCAGAUAUUUAUUUUUUUCCCUUUUUUUUUUCUGUUUUUGUUCGGAGGGAGUAAAAAUUAAAUGGUGGUGGCGUUUGUCUCGUCUCUCACGUGCCGGUCAGACCGUGUCAGCGCUCAGCAACCGGCGGUGAAUGGGUGUGAUUAGUGGCUGCUGAUGUGGGUGCUUACAGCUGUUAAACUGCACUCUGGUCGUCCCCUCUCCUCCUGUGAUGACAGGUGACAGCGACCACGCCGGCGAUCUGUGGUCGGGGCUUGUUUGUUUAACGUGGUUGGUGAUUUUAAGCGAUGAAAAAAAAUGUUU